CGUACGGAGGACUCUCCGCAACUUGGGUAGCAAACCCGCUCGAACGGUCGCCGCGAACGGUUGUGUUUUAUCGUCGUCGUCGUCGUCCAUCGUCGUAGAGUUUCUCGUCCGGCGUGUUGUGUCAAAGGGGGAGGUUUCCGUCCGUGCAACCUCUGCUCUGCUGUGUGUUUAGGCCCAAGUUCCGUUGCCUUGGUGAUUGUGUGAUACGAAAACAGUUCAAUUUGUCUAAGUUUUAACGAAAAAAAGUGCAAGAAUUUUUCGCAGGAACGCAAAUAAAAACAACAAAGGUGCUUAAACUUUAAAACGGACUUUGAAAUACAACAUAAGCAAAAAAAAGUGUUAAAAAGUGAAGGUACCCCAAAAAAGUAGCAGUGGAACCAAACAACAACAACGACGACGAAAAAAAGUGUAGAGUCUAUCAACACUAACAUACUGCCAAAACGAAGUUAAAAAAAUCAGCAUCGUGAAAACCUUACACAAGAAGAGUGGUGUUAUUUUUGUUUUUUUUUUUUCGUAUUUUCGUCUACGACGAGUCAGUCGGAAUUUCAGUGCAUGAAUCACACAACUUGAGCGAAGUGAUUUUGUGGUGUGUGCUGUGCUAAGUUUUUUGAAGCUUUGUGUUCCUUCUGAAGAUCGGUGGCAAACUACUGUUUUGAAGCAGUUUGUGGGAAUCUGGAGUAUCAAAACCACACGGACUCGGAGCUGAACUUUAUGAUAUUUUUUUAAAGGAGAAACCGCGCGCAAAACUGACGAAUUGGGAUCAACAAUGAUGAUGGCUGCUGCCGGUCUCCGGAUCGCUCGAUGAAUCGCGAGGCUCUCACUCGACAGUGCGCGAUCGAAGAUGUAACAUUUGCCAAACGGGGAUCAAAACGCAAGAGCGCCGAAGAAAUGACUGAAAGUACCGAUACCCAUCGACUUCUUCUCAUGAAAUAGGAACAGCCCGUAGUUCCAUGUGGAUUAGAUAGAAACAUUUGUUGAGUGGUGUUUUUUUCCUUCUCUUUAAUAAUAAAUAAAUAAUUACUAAGCUGAGCUGUCUGGGUAAGUCAGCAGCUUUUUUCCCCCCUCUCCUCCUUCUAUCUUUGUGAUGUUUGCCUCCGAGGAGAGCAAAACGGAAACCAUGCGGGAGCACCAUAAUGUGCACAAAACGAUGAAGAUGACCCGCUUUCGGAAGCGACUGCUACUCGGCGGCACAAAUGGCGGCGGGUACCCGUUGACGACGAUGAUGACCCUGAUCGGUCUUCUGCUUCUGGCAACCGGUCUAACACAGUUCCACGGGGUCCAGGGGGGCCUCAUUGUGAAGCGCCAGGUGAACGAAGAACCCCCAACCACCACAAUUGCGUCCUCCUCCCUCGAAGAGGAAGAAGCGGAAACCACUCUAGUUCCUCCGACGGCUCCCCGGGUCGUCGAUUUCCGAACCGGAACCGAAAACAAACCCACCGGGCGGGCCAUCGAAUUUGGUUACGACAAUGAGGCAGGUGCCUCAUCGGCCGAACAGGAGGCCACGGUAGCCGAACUUCGGGCCGUUGACCCAACAAAGCUAACCCUUCAGGAGUCCGAAGCAGAAUCAACAACGGAUCCACCGGCAGACCUUCAAAAUCCAAUAACCAUUCUGCCGCCGAGUGCUGUGACCCAGCCGGAAGCGCCAACGACCGUCAUUUCACCCACCAAAGACACCAGGCCGUCGUCGUCGUCGCGGCGAAAGACGACCAAAGAAACGAUCACGGAACCGGAAACGAAGGCCAAACUCGUCGCAACAACCUCUAGUUCUGUUACGGCUGCGGCACCAACGGCUCGUGUCAACUCCCGGCGCCCGGAGGAUGAUCCUCAGGAUCACCUCCACGAGAGUGAUGAAGAGGAAGAAUCACGAGCUGUAAAUCCGACAGCUGAACUCCUGGCUGCCGUUACUACUACCGAUAAUCCGGAGGAAUCGGUCGAAGAACGUACCGAGGCAAGGGCGAGUAGGACUGGAAACAUUCUAGCGCUUGACCCUGUCGAGGCAGAGGCUGGUCCCGUCGCCGCCAACGAUGGUGCUGGUUCUGGUGAGGCCGAAUCCGUAGUUGAUGAUGAACGGAAUGAUGCCGAGAUUGUCCCAACUGUCGAAAGCAAGACCGAGCGGAAGGUUCCACAUCUGUUCGAUCUGGAGAGGUACACCUCCCCAUCAAACUACUCCGAGGAUGGCUUCUCGCUGGAACAAGCCCGCGCCGAUCGUGAACGAUUCUUCGCAGAACAAUCUGCUCAGCUCACAACAGAACAACCGGAGGAGGACGCCUGGGAAACCACCACCACCAUUCGGGGAUUGAUUGCCGAUGAAGAUCGCAAUGAAGGGGAGCUCGGAGAACUCCGAGAUUUCACCACCGUCGCCCCGACGCUCUCGAACGAAGUGAUCUCUUCGGGAGCGGGUCAGCGGAAUCGUACGGUGGAGAGUCAGAAAACGAUUCGGUUGAACAAGACUGAGGUUGAGAGUAAGGAUUACGAGGUCGUUUCCAAUGAAGUGAGGAAUCAAACGGGUAAGGGUAAGAAGGGCAAGUUCUUGGAUCAGUUUGGAGCUACCGAUGAUAACAACAUCAAUGGAGCUGCAUGGGCUUUGGCCGGGAUGAGAGUGGUGGAACGGUCUUCUGGCAAAGUUGGUCACGCCGAGGGUGAGAGUGUAGAAAUUGUGAGGGAUGAGGAUGAUAAUGUGGUAUCGAACAAUACGUUGAAGCAGCUGAUGGACUGGGCCGCGAUUAUGCAGGAGGCUGACUUUGCCAAUAGUUCGUUCAUUAGGCCGACGAGUGGAGAAGUUGAACUGAUCAACGAUAUGAAAGAUAAGAAGAUGUUUGAUAGGGAAGAAGUUACGGCUGCCUUGAGUGAAGAAAACAGAAUCACUGUACCGAUUACGGAUUCGGAAGCGGAAGCUUCCGGGGAGAUUAGUACAAUUGUUCCGAGGAUAAAUGUCGCGCCGGAGGUUGCUGUUACAACGACCACCGAGGGUGAUGACCUGGAGGAGUUCAAAUUUGAAGAUCGUACUGUGUUGACGACAAAGCGAACGCCUGAGAUUACUAAUUUUAUUCAGGAUACCACGACGCAGCCUCCAAGUGUUAGGGGAACGACUACUCAGCGACCAACACGAAGCUACGAGGUCAGUGAGUUUGUCGAUGAGAGUGAAGGAUUCCAGGUACCAGGUCGAUUGACUACUAGCAAGUAUGAAAUCAAUACUAACUUCGAAGAUGUCCCGGUAACUACCUACGCUCCAUCAUUGUCGGUUUUGAGAAAAAGCGAUGUGUCUACUGACGCUUCUAUCCCUACGACCUUCGAAACAACCAGGCGUUCAAGAAGACCAACAACUACAACGGUACCGGUAACUACAAGUCCUGUCGAUGUAACUACAAUUCAAACAACAACUACGACGACUUCAACGGCAGCUCCGGUGACAACCACCGAGAAUCCUUCGGUCAACGAACUUUCUCAGAAGAUCGACGAACAGGAAGUCUCGUCUUCCGAAGUCGAAUCCAAUGCGAUUAAUCAGACUAAUAGCGAAGUUGUAUUAACGACCACAUCGACCGCAGUACCAACUACGCUAGUUCUGGAUCCCAUCGUGGCCCAGCAAUCGACAAUUGUGCCAGCAAUCGCGACUUCCCGCCCUGCUCAAGGAACCACCGAUAAAGUAGAUUUCGUCAGUCAGAGUAAUGGUUCGUCGGAAGAGCCGAGCAACCCUGAACAACCGGUGCUGAUCGACGACAAGAAUGUCUACGAUACGGUGGCCGAUACAACGAGGAACCCGAGCUCUAGUCCUGUCCCACGAACUCCGGAACCUACAGCUGAACCAACCGUAACCACUACCCGACGAUCGGUAGUACGCCAAAUGACCACAACUACGGAGUUGUCCGAGGAAGAAUCGAUCACCGAGGAAGACUACGUCGAAGUGAAUGGUUCCGCCGUCAAUGGAUCGUCUUCAUCGUCAAGAUCGCCACUCGAUCAACAACCCACGGAAUCGACGGUAACGACUCAAGCGGAAGCCGAUGGAAGUGAAGAAGAUGGAGGUAGUGGCGUUGUCGUGGCCGUAGUUGCCAGCUUGGUCAGCGCGAUCGUUGUGCUGCUUCUCGUAGCGGCGUUUUUUUACUAUCCCCAAUUGCAGUUGGUGGUCCGGAAGCGACAGGCUCAGGUGUCCUACGGGCAACGGUGUCGGCCGGUGGGCCUGGAUGCGUACAGUUUGGACAACGUUUCAGUUUACAAUAGCGUCCGGAGGAAGGGCAACACGAUGAGGAUGUCCAAGAGGUCGUACGGCAAUUCGGCCUUCGAGGAUCCGGGACUGAAGACUAACCCGUUGACGGUGGCUGAAUUGGCUAAUAUUAUACAGAACAAGACGGCGAUCUACGAUGAGUUCAAGGAGAUUCCGAACAUAACCGCAAGGGCUGAUGAAGUUCCGGAAGGUUGUGAGGAGAAGAAUCGGUAUGCCAAUGUGGUCCCUCUGCCGGAAACGAGAGUUCAUUUGAAGCGGAUCAACGACGACGAGAAGACUGAAUACAUUAAUGCAAAUUUCGUUAAGGGUCCGAAGGACUCCAGCAACUACUACAUCGCCUGCCAGGCACCGAUGGAAAACACGAUCAACGACUUUUGGCGUAUGAUCUGGGAGCAAAACUCCAAGGUCAUCAUCAUGGCUACGGAUUUGAGUGAAAAUGGUGUGGAAAAGUGUGCCGAAUAUCUACCUCCGUCGGUCGUUCUGGACAACAACCGCACUUUCGGGGAUUUCCAGCUCACGCUCAAGAACCGCGAAAACAAGGAGAAGUACACGAUCUCCACGGUGCAUCUGCGCAACACGCAAACCAACACGUGGCGGGAGAUCAUGCACUUCUGGUACCAGUGGCCGGACACCGGGGUACCGAUCGACGAAUCGUCCAUCAUCGCGAUGCUGCUGGAAGCCCGGAGUUACUCCCGAUUGGCUCCGGCCGAGAUGGCCGAGGCCAGCGUUAAUGUGAUGGUCGGAAACGGUGGCAUCACCAGUAUCGCCGAGGAAUCCCUGGAAGCCGAAUCGGAGAAAUCGAUGACCAAUAAUGCCACCCAGGAAUCGACCGGCAAUAAUGUAGAUAGUUCCAACAAUAACAAUAAUACCAACAAAGCCAGUGGAGAGAGUUCGCCGCCCAGUAGCGUUGUAGCCAACGGGGGCUCAAUCGAUAAGCAUAAGUCACUUCAGAGGACUCAGGGACCAAUAACGGUGCAUUGUUCUCCGGGAACGGGACGAACUGGAACCAUAGUGGCGUGCGAUGUGGCCAUGCGAGCGAUCGAGAUUCCACCCCGAAACGUGGAUAUUCCCCAUACGGUGUACUACGUGAGGAGGGGCCGGGCUAGCGCGGUGAGGACGCGGGAACAGUACGAACUGAUCUACAGGGUUGCCAACGUUUAUGCUACCAAGCUAACGGGGCCAACGAUAGAGACAUGAGAACGACUCAUUUAAAAUCAAGUAUUGUGAGUAGCACAUUCGAACAGACACACCAUCCAUCACCGCAUCCAUCCGCUCCGUCCGCCGCCACAACACAAUCCGUCCGGUCGUCCCAGUCCUGUACAGCUGUCGGAUGUUGAGAACAACCCCCUGAAUCAAAAGCGCUUCUUCGACGGAAUUUUCCUCACUCACGCCACCGACGAUCAUUCACUCACGCUCUCUCUCACUAUUAGGCUUACACAAAAAUCAAAAGCACUCAUUUCUUUGAUUAUGCGAGAACUCAUUCCCAGUCGGAAAGCUUAGCUCUAUUUUCCCGGUCGGAAUUGUGCUUCUUCGGAAUUCUUUUAAAGAUCCCUAACGAUUGUAUCGUCUGACGAAAAAUAAACUAGCUUCAACUGGCUGGUUGUAUUAGCUAUUGAAAAAGCUGCUUUUUCUAUGGAAAAAUCAAACUUCAUGAGCCAUAUUGUUCGAUGGUGGGAAGCUGAACUGCCAUUGUUCGGUAUCGCAUGUGAUAGAACUGCCAAAAAUACCACUUUUGACGCUGAACACAAAGUUAAUUUCUUAUUGAAACAGAACCGAGCAAUAUUCAGAACAAAUAGACAUCUACAGAACAAGUCGAAUGUUACACACGCACAAACACACACACAGCAGUAAGUAAGGAGAUAGAAAUACACACAUACAAAUGAUCAAAGGAGGAGUUGGGCGUUUAUUUGGAAAACUAGCUCCAGCUCUGUUCCCCAUGUUACCCUACAAAGUAGGGUUGGAUGAGUGGAGGGCUGAGGUGAACUUCCAAAAUCGUUACAAAUCCACCCGGAGAGAAUACUUACUCAUAAUACUUGAUUUUAAUCUCUAGUGGGAUAGAGACUAAAAUUUUGAACGAAACAAAACGCAACGCGAGAAUGUAAAGCACCAAUCAUUAACAGCAGUAUCCUGAAAAUAGUUUCUCUAUUUGUCUGUCUUUACGUUAGGAAAAAAAAUGAAAAUAUGGAUUUUUUUUUGUAUAAUACUGGUACUGAAAUUCUCCUCACUCAUUAAAAAAAACAACAUAUUUAUAAAGAUCAAUCCGCGAAAACCUAAACCUAUAGAAGCUACCUUAUGUAAUCGGUUUUGUAAUGUAUGUUUAUUUCCUCUCACAACUUCCACAAUGGUUGAUUGUUAUUUAUCCAAAACCACACGAUUGGUUUUCCUAUUAUUCCUAUUUUAUGAUUGUGUAACAACUUCAAGUUCAGAAUCACAUUUACUAGAAAAGAAAAAGGACGAACUACAUAUGCGUAAAGGAUCGGUUUUAGAUUUAAAGACACAUUCACACUCUUAGCUAUAUUUAGAAAUAGUUGCCACCCAGGAAUUUUGGGUUGGCGUAUAAUAAAAAAAACCUGUUGCAAUAUUACACUGUAAACGCUCUUUUUAGGGACAAUUUGGAACCUUUACUGGAAAAAAAAGUUUAUAAGUACAUAUGAGUAUAGAGAUAAUUAUGUGCACACAUAGCUGCAUUGUUAGAAUGAUAAAACUAAGCCUAAAAAUUGAGCAUGGAAAAAAUUGAUUAAUGUAAAGUUCCAAUUACAAUCGGCUUUCUCUACGUAGAUAAAAAUCUACAUCGGAAACAGUAAAACUAAGAUGUGAUAGCAACUCUUUAGAGAUUUCCUACCAGGUGGAUAUUUUCUAAAAACUAAGUUGGAAAAGUGUGAACAGUGAAAAUACGCCUAAACUAUUUAUUCGCUAAAACAUAUAACAAUUGGUACGUUUGAGAAGUGGGUAAAUUCCCUUCAACAUACUGAAUGCAAAGUAUGCAGACACUAGACUGAGAAUAAAUUUGGGAAGUAGAAAAAAAAAUUGUAAACGAGAAUACCCCAACUUUUUUUUUGUAUUAGAACGUAACCAAGUCAGAAAGAUUUCCACUAAACUAUUUCGAGCAAAUCUCCCUCCUAAGUUAAAAGAAAUGUAAACUUAAAAUUAGAACAAAAAAUUGAUUAGACGAGCUGUUGAGCGAAAAGAGCAAUCAAAUAUAUAUUAGAGUAAAAAAAAACACGCACAAUUGCUAAUCUGUUGAUUCUUAAAACGAAAAAAAGGUGAAUUGUAAAACUGCUCAGCUUAUUGUUAAA